CCCUGCCGGCGAACACCGAGACUCAUUCCGGUUUUCUUCACGGACUAAAUUUAAAAAGCACGCACACACAAAUGGGACACGAUUAACACGUUGGCUCGAGUAACCCUCGGCGGCGUCUCCAGGAGAGAAGGCAACAAGAUGGGAUUGCUGUCCAUCCUGCGUAAGCUAAAGAGCACACCAGACCAGGAGGUUAGGAUACUGCUACUGGGUCUGGACAACGGUGGGAAGACCACCCUGCUCAAACAGCUGGCAUCCGAGGACAUCAGCCACAUCACCCCGACACAGGGAUUCAACAUUAAGAGCGUCCAGUCUCAGGGUUUUAAACUAAAUGUCUGGGACAUCGGAGGCCAGAGGAAGAUAAGGCCGUACUGGAGAAACUACUUUGAGAACACUGAUGUGCUGAUUUAUGUCAUCGACAGUGCUGACAGAAAGAGGUUUGAGGAAACAGGUCAGGAGCUGGCUGAGUUGUUGGAUGAAGAGAAGUUGAGCGGCGUUCCUGUUCUGAUCUUUGCAAACAAACAGGACCUGCUCACAGCCGCCCCGGCCUCCGAGAUCGCCGAGGGCCUCAAUCUGCAUACCAUCCGGGAUCGCAUGUGGCAGAUCCAGUCUUGCUCCGCCCUCACUGGUGAGGGGAUUCAGGAGGGCAUGAAUUGGGUGUGUAAGAGCGUCAACUCCAAGAAAAAAUAGCUUUGCUUCUAGUCUUCUACUACUCAGGAGGAGCAGCAGCAGCAGCAGCAGCAGCAGCAGCAGCAGCACACACACACACACACACACACUCUGACACACACUCCACCCUCCUGAGCCUUAGUACGAUGGGAUAUACCUGUGAAUGUAAACACACUACUAAUCCAACAUGGACCUGGAGUUUUUAACCCCCCUGCGUUCCUGUAUCGUUGAUGUUUACUAAUCUCUACACAUCUUCCUACAUUGGCCUGUACAAAGAGGAGGAGGGGGAAGGGGGGGGCUUACCUUCAAAGGGAACCCGUGCCAGGAAAUCAACCCCCUCAGCUCAUCCACAGUCCACCUACGUCACCAUCAGUGUCCCAACCAAUCCUAGCCACCAUCCACAGCCCGUCACAACCUCAAACAUUCCCAUUAAACUGAUGUCUUUCAUUGAAAUUCCAGCUUGUGCCCCAAACUCUUACACGUGUCCUGGAAACCACCACUCACACCCCCCCCAUGAUAUUUUUCUCCAUCUCCUUCCUAUAGCAGGUUGACAUGUGUUGUUGUUGUUUUCUCUCUCUUUUUUUUUUUUUAAUCUUACCAUUCCACGAUGGCUGUAAGCGCUCUUCCUGCUAUGGCUCCGUUUGAAGUGAGGUAUAUUUUUGUAAUUGUUUUAUUUAUGGUGAAGUAGAGUUUAGAGUGCUUUUAAAACAACAUCUGGUUUGGUGUGUGUGAUUUCAAGGAUGUUGGAGAAACGGUCCAACUCUCCCCACUAAAGAAUAAUACUGUACAUGUUAAUAUGUAUAAAAAAAAAUUAAAAAAAAUCUGAAAUUAAAUGUUUAAGAGGAACUAACUACAUUUUUUGGAUCAACUGUAAAUAGCUUGGCCCUGUGUUCAUAUGUUAUGCUAUGCAUGUGUUAUAGAGUAUAUUUUACCCAGUUGUACUUUGUAGUCUAUAAUGUUUGCAUAUCUAAUAUAUCCUGGCAGUUUUUUAAGAGAGGAAUACUGUAUGUACUGUAUGUCCCAAUUCAUUUCUGUGUGUUCAUUUUGGCUAGUGAGGGAAGUCACUCUUUAGGCAUUUCUUUUUCAUAUUCUUGAAUGUAUUCUUUCCAGAGCUGAAGGUACUGUAUGUGAAUAAAAAGAUA